AUGCAGCAACAAAUGGGAGACCUACCGAAAUCUCGUUUGGAGGGAGUGUACCCCUUCUUCAACACUGGAGUCGACUUUUGCGGGCCAAUCUACAUCCGACAACAUAACAAGCGAUCAACCGUCACCUACAAGGCAUAUGUAGCGGUGUUUGUAUGCUUCGCCACUCGAGCCAUACACCUGGAGCUGGUAGGAGAUUUGACCGCAGAUGCCUUCAUUGCGGCCCUACACCGUUUCGUCUCCCGAAGAGGUAAAUGCGCUAAAUUGUUUUCCGAUAAUGCCCUUAAUUUCGUCGGUAGCAAGAACAAGCUGAAGGAAAUGUACGACAUGUUCCGGUCACAGCAACUAAAAACCAAGCUGGACGACUUUUGUGCCAAAUCAGCAAUCGAAUGGCACCUGAUCCCACCUUCCGCCCCACACUUUGGAGGUUUGUGGGAGGCCGGCGUACGCUCUGCCAAAUACCUCUUGAAGCGCAUCACUGGAACCGCCAACAUGAACUUCGAGGAAUACACCACCGUUUUCGCCCGCAUAGAAGCCCUGCUGAAUUCGCGGCCAAUAACCGCCCUAUCUGAAGAUCCCAGUGACAUCAGCCCGCUAACUCCUGGCCACUUCCUGGUGGGUCGUCCGUUGACCGACAUUGCUGAACCCGACCUAACGGACCGCAAAGAGACUACGCUUUCCCGAUGGCAACGACAGUCCCAAAUGGUGCAACAUUUCUGGGCUCGAUGGUCGAAUGAUUACAUUACGACACUGCAGAACCGCAACAAAUGGCACAAACCGUUCCCUGUGAAGCCUGGACAGUUGGUGAUCAUCCGAGAAGACAACCAGCCACCGAUGAACUGGAAGCUGGGGAGGAUCGAACAAGUGUUCCCUGGACUGGACGGACUGGUACGAGUGGUCGAUGUACGAUCUGGCGGCAAACUUGUCCGAAGGCCUAUUGUGAAGCUGUGCCUACUACCGGUGGACGACAACGUAGUGCAGCCUGACAACGACCUCCACGAAGACGAGAACGACAGCGAAUGA